AUGACUGCGCGAUUCCCCACGGCCCAAGAGUUUGCGUCCUUUCCCGAACCCAAUUAUGUAGACCCGACGACGCGGUUUCCCCUGGCUCUGGGAGUCGCCGUUCCGACGGCUGGACUGGUUGCCGUGUUCAUGUCGUGUCGGCUCUAUUGCCGGACAGUGCUUGUCAAGACCCUGGGCUGGGAUGAUGGCAUGAUGACGGUCGCGGCUUUGUUGGCGAUUGCGAAUAACGUUAUGAUCGUCGUAUCUAUGCUACCGGAGUACCAGAUGGGCUACCAUUUGUGGGAUGUUCACCCAGAGAAACUCUAUGGCACGAUGAAAGCAGCGCUGAUGGGCAUGGUGAUCCAAUUGCUCUUCACCUCGAUUACGGCGUUUAUGAAAAUUGCCAUUCUCCUCACAUAUAUACGCAUAUUUCCGGCCAAGCUCGACAGGUGGUUCUGUUAUCUGAUGAUUGGCUACACUGUAGGGCUGAACUUUGCCUGUUUCUUCGUGACGCUGUUCCAAUGCUCGCCAGUAAGCACUUACUGGAAGAUCUUCGAAUACAUGGGCACAGCCAAAUGCCUCAACAUCAAGGCGAUAUACUACUUCCACUCGGCCCAAAACACCUUUAGCGACUUUGUCAUCUUCCUGUGGCCGGCGAGGAAUCUCCUCAACGUUCAGGUGUCGCAGCGACAAAGGUUGACACUGACGAUGAUGUUUUCACUGGGCGUUAUUGUCUGUAUCGCCGGUGUCUUUCGGCUCUACUACACACACCAAUAUCUCGUCUCGUACGACGUGUUUUGGUACGGCGGCACAACGUUCAUCAUCAUGUCUAUCGAGACGGGCGUUGGUGUUGCAUGCGGAUGUCUCCCAGGCUGCAAGCCCCUGAUGAACAGGAUGUUCCCGCGUAUUUUUGCUGGCUCGUCGCAAGCAUCGUCGUAUCCUCGUCCACCCCUGCGCUUCCGGGCCACAAAAGGAAUCCAAGAGACGUUGUCGGUCGGACAGUCUGAGCGAGAGUCGUAUCAAAAAGAAGAUGGAGUGAGUGGCAUGGAAAAGGCCAGCAGUCGCAGUGCGCCAACUCGUGGGGGGAUGGGCAUGUCAAAGCCGUUGGCUCCGCAUCCGGGGCUACGACCGCCAAGCCGAGCGGCGUUUCCUGGGCGGAGAGAAGGCUACAGCGAGCUGGAGAAUUGCAGCGUCGACAGCAUAGAGAUGUUCCUUUUACAGCGGAACUAG